UCCCACCAGGCGGAGUUCACAUGUGUUGAUAAUUCAUGGUGGACACACGUUUGGCACCGAGUGUUUAACAUAUCUGCAACCUUUUGAGAGCCACAAUGAAAGAAACACCGUUGUCAAAUUGUGAGCGACAGUUCCUUUUGAAAGCUAUUGAGGAGAAGAAGCGCCUGGAUGGAAGACAGACUUAUGACUAUAGAACUAUAAAGAUAUCCUUCGGCACUGACUAUGGAUGUUGCUUUGUUGAUCUUGGGAAGACGAGAGUUAUGACGCAAGUCUCAUGUGAGCUCGUCGUCCCGAAAGACAACCGACCAUCGGACGGAAUAAUGUUUUUCAAUGUAGAGUUAUCACCUAUGGCGUCGCCUGGUUUUGAAGUUGGCAGGCAGUCCGAACUGCUGGUGAAGUUGAACAGACAACUGGAGAGAUGUCUGAGGAACUCUAAAUGCUUUGAUACAGAGUCUUUAUGUGUGGUGUCUGGUGAGAAGGUGUGGCAGAUAAGGGUUGAUGUUCAUGUCCUGAACCACGACGGCAACCUGAUGGAUGCGGCUAGCGUGGCCGCCAUCACUGCUCUUUCCCACUUCAGACGGCCUGACGUUGGUAUCCAUGGAGAGGAGGUCACCGUGUACGGUUCAGAGGAGAGAGACCCCAUCCCUCUCAGCAUCUACCACAUGCCAAUCUGCGUUAGCUUCUCUUUCUUCCAACAAGGGACCUACCUGUUGGUGGACCCGUGUGAGAGGGAGGAGCGUGUGAUGGAUGGCCUGCUGAUGAUCGCUAUGAACAAGCACAGAGAGAUCUGUUCCAUCCAGUCCAGUGGGGGCAUCAUGCUGCUCAAAGAACAGGUGCUGAGGUGCAGCAAGAUCGCCAGUGUUAAAGUUACAGAAAUCACAGAGCUCAUUCACAAAGCCCUGGAGAACGACAAGAAAGCCAGGAAAGAAGGCGGUAGGUGUGGCUUCGCAGAGUCUAUGCCACGAGAGCGAAUCACCGUGCUGAAAAAGCAGGAGACGCCGGUGGAAACGAUGGACAUCAAAGAGAAAGCCAAAGAGAUCAUCCACAGAGCAGAGCCCCCAUCCCAAUUGGUGUCGUCUCCUGUGCUGCCGGCUCCAGGCACAGGCCAGGUGGGCGAAGGGCUCCAGAACAGCUGGGGUCUGGAGGAAGACGAGGAGGAUGAUGAAGAUGAGGGCGAUGUAGUGAUGUUGGAAAAGCGUGGGAGGAGAGUGGAUGUUGUGGUCAUAUCGGACAGUGAGGAGGAGGAAGUGGUCAUGCUUAACCAGGAAACAUCAGAGCCGGCUCCCAAAUAAGAUUAAAGGGUCUGCCAUGAAGAAAACAACAAGGUCCGUGCAGUGAGACACCAGCCCAGAUCCCUCUCGACACCUCCUCAGUCUGACAGAUUAUCUACAUUUGUAAAAUGGGCUAUAAAAUAUAUUACUCAUUAUUAUUAUUAAAAGCAACAUUUUCCAAUGUCUCUCAGUUUCGAUUUACUUAGGGAGAUUUAUCAAGUUGUAUGUGUGUAUUAAGAGUGUCAAUGUAAUGCAUCACUUAGCAUUAAUUAGAAUUUUGCAGUGGUCAGACAGUAUUGUAGCAUUAUGACAUGGCCCAAAGGCAACUAUUUAUUUCAACAUUAGUAAACCAGUAUGUACGGUAUGCAGCUCAACACAUUGUUUUUCGGAAGAACUUCCAUGGCCACUAGGUGGCUGUUUGUGUGCUAUACACACUGACUGUUCAAGAAGUUAGUUGACAGGAUAGAUAUUUGCGUCGUCUUGUCACAGAAGCAAGAUACAAUGAAAUCCAUAAAUGUUUCAUUUAAAUACACUUUGCAGCAGGAAGGAACCUAGUCUACCGUACACAGACAACAAUCCUUUAUAUUAUCACACUUAUAACAACAAACAUGUUAACCUACAUGUAUGACACACCAACCACUACUGGGAUGAUAUGUGUCUGCAAAAAAGCAAGGCACAAAUUGAAGGCAGUUUAAACUAAUACACAUUUCAAUAACAUGAAAGACUUGUGUAACUCACUUGGGUAUACAUGGCAUAAGUAUUUUGAUAAAACACUUUUCGCAUCAAAGCUAAAUACUGUAAAAUAAUACUAGCCAUAUUAUUAUUACGAGCCAAAAUUGUACCAAAUAAACACAACAUGCAAAGAACCUAACAUCCACUCUGAUUAUAUAGACAGAGAUAA